AUGCCUUCCAAUCUCUCUUUCCCCAGAGCCAGAGGACUGAACCAAAACAUAUGCAAAUAUGUAGUGAUUUAUUUAGUAUGUGUCACCUACAUUUUGGUGUCAAGCCAACCGAAAUGGAGGAGACGCGGCGAUCCACGUUCUUCCACAAACAUCAGCCAUCUGGUGUUUGGGAUUACUAGUUCAUCAAACAGGUGGAGAGACAAAAGAGAUUACAUCCAAGCAUGGUGGAGACCUAAUGUGAGCCGAGGCUUUGUGUUCUUGGAACGUCCCCCUACGGAGCACCUGCCGUGGCCAGCAACGCACCCUCCCUACCGUGUCUCGGAUGACAACUCGCGGUACAAGGAGUACAACAGGCACCGUAUUCCAUCUGCGAUACGGAUGGCCCGGGUGAUCGAGGAGACAUUCAAGGCGGAGCGGGGAGGGGAGGCGAGGUGGUAUGUGAUGACAGAUGAUGACACAGUUUUGUUUGUUGACAACUUGAUUGGAGUUUUGUCAAAGUAUGAUCACAAGAAGUAUUUUUAUGUUGGGAUGAACUCAGAGUGCUUUGUGUGCAAUGUUGUUCACUCAUUUGGGAUGGCAUUUGGUGGAGGUGGAUAUGCCCUGAGCUAUCCCCUGGCCAAGGCUGUGGCUGAGAACAUGGAUUUGUGCCUCAAGAGAUAUCCAUUUCUCUAUGGAAGUGAUCUUAUUCUCCAAUCAUGUAUUGCUGAUUUGGGAGUGUCUCUCACUCAGGAGCCUGGUUUCCACCAGAUUGAUUUCACAGUAGAUAUCUCAGGGUUGCUAUCAGCCCACCCCCACUCUCCUCUGGUGUCACUCCACCAUCUAGACGCAGUGGAGCCGCUGUUCCCCUCGACCAACCGCACCGAGUCCCUAAAGCUGCUGAUGGAAGCCGCAACACUCGAUGAAUCGAGACUGCUGCAGCAGAGCAUAUGCUAUCUGAAGAAAUACAAUUGGACUCUUUCGGCCGCGUGGGGAUACUCUGUCGAAUUAUACGAGACCAUUCUCCCUCCGAGCCAUCUCUACCGCCCUCGCGAGACCUUCGCGCAAUGGAUGAAGGGCGCCUCGCCACCAUACAUGUUCAAUGCCCGCCCCCUCUCCACGGACCCUUGCGACGCGCCUCACCUCUUCUUCUUGGUGCCUGGACCGGGUCGGGUCACCGCCUAUAGAAGAACAUCUCCACGUGGCCUGCCUGUGUGCCGCGGCGGCCGUUCUGCUGAUAAUGUCACCGUAAUUCGCAUCCUCUCGCCCUUAAAGAGGCUGGAUUGGAAACAGGAUGGAGGGAGGAGAGAGUGUUGCGAUGUGGAUGAGGUGGAUGCGGAUGCUCUCCAAGUUAAAUUAAGGGAUUGUGGCGCCAACGAGUUACUUCUUUAACCAUCCAUAUCUCAAUUGCCAAUACA